AUGGCCAAUUCAUCGGCCAAUUACACUCCUGAGAGUGACUCCGGAAAGAUAGAUGUAAAUGAAGCGAAGAGACGUCUCGCAACAAUCAAACAAGGAACAGAAGGAGUCGUUCGAUACUUCGACAAAUGUCGACAGUUGGUUGAAAUAGUGAAUGGAGGACAAGUUGAGAGACAGGAUUCAUAUCUUUUUGCUGUCUUCAUGAACGGUCUCACCGAGAAAACAAGAAAAGUCAUCCAAAUGACUGGAGCAAACGAUGCAUUCACCGCCAGAAAACAUGCGAUUCAAGAGGAAAUGUUCACUAGUUUACUAACACUUCAACCAGGGAAUGAUGAGGAUAGAAUUCAUAAAAUUGAAGUUUUGAAUCACUGUCAGUGGGAGAAGCUUCGUUUGUUGGAGGGCAAGUUGAACUAUGUUCAAAACGAUGUUCAUCAAAUGAAGAAAGAUGUGAGUGAAGUGAAGGAAAUGAUGAAGCAACUUCUAGAACAAACAGUAAAGAAAACAGAAGAAGAUCCAACCAUCAAAGAGAACUCAGAAGCACUCAAAAAAGUGCUCGAACUCAACGAAACAGUGGUAGCAAAACUGGAACCACUCGAGAAGAUUGACAAAUUGUCAACUCUUGGGCUCAUGUGGACACGUCAAGUUCACAAUGAUUUGGCUAGAAUUGCUCCUAUUCCAAAGUCUCAAACCCCGCCCACUGUCCCGCCCACUGUCCCGCCCACUUCAACACCAUCUCCUUCCACUUCCAGACCAACAAGACCAAUUCCAAACAAGAUCGCAUCUCCAAUCAUCCCAGUCGCUCCAAAACGUUCACAUAAUUCAAACGACGGCCCGUCUUCACCUCAACCAAAAAGACUCCGCCCAAACGAAGAAAAAGUGUUGGAUUCUCUCCGAUCGUGUAUUUCAAAAAAUGAAUUCCAAUCACUCUUUCAUGGAAAUAUCACAGUGAACGUUGUCGAAUUGUAUCAAAAGUACUCGAAAAGAUCACAAGAUAUUGAUAAAUGGAUGGAACAGAGAGGAAAACCAGUGACUCAUCCAUGCAUGUUCUGUGGAGAACGUCAUCAUCCAUAUGAAUGUGAUGGAACAACGAGUAUCGAUGAGAGAAGACGUCUUUUGAAACAAAGAGGACACUGUAUGGAAUGUUCGAAACGUCACAAAGGAACGUGCACAGCUAUUCUCGAAUGCCGAAUCUGUCGACGUGCUUAUGAUGAAAAUCAGACAAUUAUUGGAGGAGUCAAACAUUGUAGAAUGUUUUGUCCCCUCCAGGAAGAAUAUUACCUGACAAUCGAUAAAUGCGACCAGAUUUUAGAAGCCAAGAAAAUCCUUGAAUCGUCUUAA